AUGAUAUACACCAAAUACAUCUCCUAUGCAUCAAGCGCACUGAUUCUAGCGCUUCUUCCUAUUGCCGUUGCUCACGGUGGUGAAAGUAUGGGAGUGGAUAUGACAAAGCGGCAUGGUGUUAACACAACGCAAUCCCCCAAAGACGAACACUACUCUGAUACUUACUUUUCCCAUACUCAACAUAAUGGCCUAAUUUACACACACAUAGUCUUGAUGGUUCUAUCAUGGGUCUUCUUACUCCCAGUCGCUGUCAUGUUCUCGCUAGCCAAUUCACGUUUUACACUACCUGCCCAGUUCGUAUUCUUUGCUUUCAACAUUCUGGGAGUUAUUUUCAGCGUGAGCUAUAACGCCCAAACACCGGACCUGUAUCCCAACAAUGCGCACCACAAGAUUGGUUGUAUAGUGACAUGGGUUGUCUGCGCUCAGAUACUUUUAAGUGGCAUAAGAUAUAUCGUGGGUGCCCCCACGAGCAAUGGAAAGAAGCCAGACAACGAAAGGCUUGCAUUUUUACCAGUCUCGACUCACGAAGUCAACCCCUCCUGGCGCAAUGGUUAUCGUAAUGAUGGCCCAUAUCGAGGCACAGGCGAAACUGGAUUAGGGAUCGAGUCCAAUUCUUCUUCACUUCAUGGCGACUCAGCAUCUACGCUGAAUGGGAUGGAAUCGUCCUUUGAGAUCGCCAGGAAGGAGUAUGACGAAGAUGAUGAAGAUUUUGAAGAACCACCAUUGUCUUUCCCUUUUUUUGGGGGAGCUUUUGCCCAACACGCCUCCAAGCUUGCUACGUCGCGAAUUUGGAAGUAUAUACAUAUCAUCCGGAAACUAGCGGAUCGAGUUAUUCUUCCUUUCGGCUUCCUCAUACUUGCAACUGGUGUGGUCACUUUUGGUGGUUUUUUUGAGGGCCAAGAAAUCUUCAACGGUUUGGCGCACUGGGUUAAGGGCGGCGUCUUCUUCUGGUUGGGCAUCUUCACUCUGGGUCGUUGGACUGGAAGCUUUAGCGAGCUUGGCUGGGCAUGGAACGUUCGCCCUAAGAAGUCUCAAAAAUGGUGUCCUUCUGCCGAGUUUGUUGAGAGCUUCUUGAUCUUCCUCUAUGGUGCUACCAACAUCUUCAUGGAGCACCUUGGCGGCUGGAGAGGAGCCUGGACCGCUCAGGAUAUGGAACACUUGUCCAUCACGGUUCUCUUCCUUGGUGGAGGCCUGUGUGGUAUGCUCGUCGAGUCGACACGCGUCCGCGAUCUACUCAACACAACCGUUCAAGACGUUGAGCCCAAACAUCCUUACACAGUCGAAGAAGCAAACACCGCCGAGGACCCUGAUACAUACGAAUUCUCACUUAACCCUAUCCCGGCUUUGGUCAUAAUGAUGCUUGGACUAAUGAUGAGCUCUCAUACACAGCAUAACAUGAUGUCCAGCAUGGUUCAUAAACAAUGGGGAGAUCUCUUACUUGGAGCUUCUUGCGCCCGAGGACUUACUUACCUACUUAUGUUUCUUAGGCCACCCAGGUCCAUUUUCCCAUCACGACCCCCCACUGAACUACUGGCUGCCUUUGGGCUGAUCUCUGGAGGAAUUAUCUUCAUGGCUAGCAGCACUGAUACCGUCAACGGAAUGAUUCACUACGAUCUCGAUGCCAUGUUUAUGUACACUGUCACCAUGGGCUUAGUCGCUCUUUUGAUGGCUUGGGUCAUCAUUGUCCUUGCUAUCAAGGGUUGGGUCGUACGAUUCGAGAGAGGUCGUAUCUCGAGCUAA